AUGCUCAACGACUGUCUUAAUGAGGCUGAGCAGUGGGAAAUGCCAUGUUCUCUUAGGAGGCUCUUCGCAACCAUCUUGGUGCACUGCGAGCCAGGCGACGUGCGUGGUUUAUGGGAUCGGCACUUUGAGCCUAUGUCAGAUGACUAUCGUCGAUCACGCACGUCCCCUGACGAGGUGGAGCAGAUGGUGUUGCUUGACAUUAGGGGUAUGUUGCAGUCCAUGGGUAAAGACAUUGUUGAUUUCGCUCUUCCAAGCAUAGAUGAUGCAUUUGACCCAACCGAGGGCGAGGCAAGAGAGGCCAUCGAGGAAUCAACCGUGGAGUUUGACGUGGAUGACACUAAAUUGGCAUCUUCCCUGAACUUGGAGCAGAGGGCCGCAUACGACGAGAUACUAGGGGCUGUUGAACGCGGUGACGGGGGUGUAUUCUUUGUUGAUGGCCCUGGAGGUACAGGGAAGACCUUCCUAUACAGGGUGAUGCUUGCCAAGGUGAGGAGCGAGGGCAAGAUUGGUAUCGCUACCGCGACGUCGGGCGUCGCCGCUUCUAUCAUGCCUGGCGGCAGGACUGCCCACUCGAGGUUCAAGAUCCCAUUGAGUUGCGAUGAUGGCGCCUCGUGCUGCUUCACCAAGCAGAGUGGGACCGCCAAGCUGCUAAGGAUGGCCUCAUUGAUAAUAUGGGACGAGGCCAGCAUGACGAAGCGACAAGCGGUCGAGGCAUUGGACAAUAGCAUGCGCGACAUCAUGGGAAUACGCGACCGACCCUUUGGAGGAAAGACUGUUGUUUUUGGCGGGGACUUUAGGCAGGUGCUUCCGGUCGUCAGAAGGGGGUCGCGGGGCCAGAUAAUUGAUGCAACCCUCCGAAGUUCUCAUCUAUGGAAGGGUAUGCGGCAGCUUCGGCUCAUCACCAACAUGAGGGCUCAUAAUGACACGUGGUUUGCCGAUUACUUGCUAAGGGUCGGCAAUGGCACUGAGGAUGUCGACGAUCAAGGCAACAUUCUACUCCCUGAAGACAUUUGUCUGCCAUCUACAGGCGAGGUUGACGACCUGGAGAAGCUUAUUGACCACGUGUUUCCGAGUCUAGAUGACAACAUGUCUGAUUCGAAUUACAUGACAUCUCGAGCAAUCCUUUCCACGACAAACGACAAUGUCGACAAGAUAAACAUCCGCAUGAUAGAGCGUUUUCAUGGAGAUGAAGUAAUCUACCAUAGCUUCGACAGUGCGGAGGACGACCCAUAUGGCUACUACGCUCAGGAGUUUCUGAAUGGAUUGACUCCUAACGGUCUUCCUCCGCAUGCACUCAAGCUAAAGCUGAACUGCCCUGUCAUACUUCUAAGGAACAUUGAUCCAGCUAAUGGACUGUGUAACGGCACUAGGCUUGUUGUUAGAGGUUUUGAGAGGAACACACCAUUGAUGCAGAAAUCGUGA